AUGAUGAUUCUGCAGAAGAAGAGCUCCAGUAAUGAGGAACCAGUUAUGGAUGGACCACCAGCUAUAGGGUUCCGACAACGGGAGAAGGAACAUGAGCCGAAAACCGAAACAAAUCCACACCACUGUAUAAGAAAAAUAAAUCUUGUGAGGCUAAGGUUGAAGCUUAAAGAAAAUAACAAAAAUCGUACGGAAGUAAGCAGACAGUUAGAACAGAUCAGCGGGUUACCAUCAGUGAUCAAUGAAGUGAGAAAUCGAAAUGAAAAUAUUCAAACAGCCCAACUGAAUUCCCUCGAUGUGAAUUUGAAUUUCAAUGAGGAAUUUUCAGGGGUUAUUUGA